AUGGCACCCAACAAGAGGAUCAUUCUCGUCACCGGCGCCAACUCCGGCAUUGGCUAUGACACCUCCUACGCCCUCGCCGAUGCCUCGCCAGACAACCACAUCAUCAUGGGUGCCCGUUCCAGAGCCAAGGGCCUUGCAGCUCUCACCGAGAUCCAGGCACGUAAGCCUGUCGGCACACUCAGCUUCCUCGAGCUCGACAUCACCUCCGAUGAGUCCAUUAAGGCUGCCGCGCAGAAACUGGCGUCCGACUUUGCCAUCCUCGACGUUCUCGUCAACAACGCCGGCAUCUCCGGCAAGGAAGAAGUCUCGCGCGAGAACUUCCACACCGUCUUCGACACCAACGUCUUCGGCACCAUGCUGCUGACCCAGGCCUUGGAGCCUCUGCUGCGGAAGUCCCUCGAUCCUCGGAUCAUCAACGUCUCCUCGACCCUCGGCUCCAUCACGCUGCGGAAUGAUCACUCGUCCGUAUACACCCAGGUUACGGGUGAGACGUACCGCGUUAGCAAGGCGGCGCUAAAUAUGGUUACUGGGAUUCAGACCUAUCAGUACAAGAAAUGGGAGCACCCAGCGAAGGUCUGGUCGUUUUGCCCUGGGUUCGUGGUCACCAACUUGACCGGGGAGGAGGAUAAGCAGAACAGGAUUGACCGAGGGGCGGAGUCGUCGGAGACGAGUGCCCAGGGGAUAGCGGAGAUUGUGAGGGGUGAUAGGGACGGCGAGGUGAACCAGUUCUUGGCCAAGCGAGGUGAGGUCUUACCGUGGUAA